GCGUCCGCCCAGCGCUCUCUCACUCGUUCGCCGUUCGGUCCCGGCGAACCAGGUUCUUUUGCUGCUCUUCUGGCGGCCCGGCCGGAGUCUGAGGCACGAUGGGCUCGCGGGGCGGGGCGCGAGCGUUGGAGUACCUGCUGGGCCUCUACUUCGUGAUGCACAUCCCCAUCACGCUGCUCUUCGACCUGCAGGCGUUACUGUCGGCUGAUUUGUACCCCACCGAGUUGACAGACAUGCUCAAGUGGUACAUCCAGGAGUUUAAAGACCCCCUGAUGCUGAACCCUCCAAGCUGGUUCAAGUCCUUUCUCUUUUGUGAGCUUGUGUUCCAGCUGCCUCUCUUUCCCUUUGCAGCAUAUGCCUUCUUCAAAGGAAAUUGCAAGUGGAUCCGCAUCCCCGCGAUUAUCUACUCGGUUCAUACAAUGACAACGUUAAUUCCAAUUAGCGCCCACAUCCUGCUUGAGAGUUUCACCCAAGGACCUAGGACAUUCCAAGAACGCCUCAGCCUUCUAUCCAUCUAUGCUCCGUACUUCUUCAUUCCACUCAUACUCCUGUUUUUUAUGCUUUGGAGUCCUUACUACAGCACUGACGAGAAAAGGAAAAGGAAAACAAGGUAAAGAACAGCUGGCAAGGGAGGGAGAGCCACUGCUCCUUGUGUGGGCUGUCUCCCCAGGCUCCCCUUGAAACACAUCAGCAGCACCCGCCCACAACAAGACGUCAGGUGGGGGGUCCCGUGUGCUGAGGGAAUUGGGAAUCCGACUGAUCCUGUGAAGAUGGCCAGGGGGAGCUGCAGGGAAAUAGUACUGAAUACACAGAGUGCCUCAACUGCCAUUUCAGGAUUUACACCACCAGAAUCCCCAGCACAAGAUUCUUUGCAACUGUCUAAUCAGUCAGGUUCUCAGGUUAGUUUGGCCAGUAAUCUGAAUGACCAGCUAUUUGGUGCUCUUCUCUCCAAGCCAUCUAAUGGGACUGGUUAGAUUUCCAAUUCUUCAUGAAGUUGUUUUUCCCCACCCAAAUCAGACCAAACUGGUGCACACCACCUGCUCUCCUGCUAGCCUUGUAGGCCCACGGGCCUAAUAAACCUGAGUGCCUCGACAUCCUCGGCCAUCACGCUGUACUUUCAGAGCCGGUUGUAAAGGGUUGUGAACUACCCCCCCCCCCCCAGGCACUUCUCCAGUGGGAAUGGGAUUCUCUAGGUUCAUUUUUUUUUUUAAAGGGAAUUAACAUUCAUUGGAAAGGGCUUUAAAAUUUUUCUUUAAGCAGGAUCCAUUCCCAUCAAAUUCUCCCAUUAGAAUUAUUCUGACUAGUGCUUCUGUUGAGUCUUACUGAUUUCCAAGCAUCCCAGGGCUUCUAGCUCUUCAGCUCACGUGACCCAAACCCUGCUUUCCAAGCCGUGUCAUUUAUAACCUGCUGUGCUCCGUGUCUUGCCUCUCACCAAGAAACUCAUCUUUUCUAUCACAAUUGAAGUCUCCACCUGCUAAUGGAGAUGAAUGAUAGCUGCUCACCAUGUUCUGUUACCCCUGCAAGUACUUGGAAGUAGUGACCUACGCUACCCUAAAAUUUGCUCCCCAAAGCUAAGCUUGCCAUUCUUCAGAACAGAGUGGAGCAGGCUCCAGUUAGCACUGCCUCUGCUGUGUGGCAGCUCCUGGUGACCUGGGCGCCGGUGCAUGCCGCACGCAGGCUGGCUCCCCCAGCCCCCAAGACCCUCCCUGUGGAGGGCUUCCCUCUCUUCGUGAGUCUUCCACAUUUGUCCAGCUCCCGUCCUGGAGGCACCCUGGUGGUGUUCUUGUCAUGCUGCCACAGGAUGGAUUCCUCCCAAGCCCCUACCUCUCCUAUGGUCCUUUUUCUUUGGGAGCAGUAAGCAAAUCAACCACCAUUCCUGGAAAAAUGAUGUCAGUCAGUUACUCUGGUUCCAUUCACCAUCCCUGUGACUUCCCAGACCAAAAUACUCUUCCCCGGCCACUACUACCUGAUAGGUGUUAUCUUCCUAUGUUAGAAUGUAAGCUCCUUGAGGGCAGCCUUUGUUUUUUGUAUUUGUAUCCCUAGUGCUUAUUCCAGGGCCUGAGGAAGCACUUAAUAAAGACUCUCUCAUUUAUUCAUGAUGUGUUGUGACUUCCUGAUAAAAUGCUUCUCACAAAUUGGUAUUUGCUUUAAUUGUUGAAAACUGACUCUCGUGUAACUAAUUCGAAUAAAGAUGGCUGCUGACCGUGA